UGAACAGACUGCUUCAUUUCCUAAACCAUUCGCUGUUGAACUUUGGGUUCGAAUACUUUGGUGGCUUUCAGAGUACAUCUCACAGUCUUUGCAUCUCAAUUUCCUAAACGAUAUACACCAUAAAGGCCUAUCUAUAGACUCUGAUAAUGGCUUCCUCUGUCCCAGGUCCUCUGCCUCUUCCAGAGUCACGUUAUGAUCUGUCCACAUACAUGGGUCGUGUCUACCAUUGUGCCGAGAUCUCUGACCCGACAAUGCUCUUCACGACUUCCAAGCAACUGGAAGAUGCUAAGAAUCUCAUCUCUGACUAUCGUAAUGGCCGUGUUACAGAAGUGUCGGAACAGUUCUGGACAGCAAAGAAGAUCUUGGACUCCACUGUUCACCCAGACACCGGUGAAACCGUUGUGCUACCAUUCAGAAUGUCGUCCUGUGUGCUCAGUAACCUCGUUGUCACUGCUGGUAUGCUGACUCCAGGUUUGGGCACGGCUGGUACGCUGUUCUGGCAAAUCGCUAAUCAGUCCCUUAAUGUGGCUGUGAAUUACUCGAAUGCUAACAAGUCCCAUCCAUUGAGCACUACCCAAUUGAUCCAGAACUAUGCCAUUGCCGUGACAUCGUCAUGUGGUGUUGCUCUUGGUCUCAAUGCCAUCGUCCCAAGAUUGAGAAAUGUCUCCCCAAAUACAAAGAUGAUCCUCGGACGUUUGGUUCCAUUCGCUGCAGUUGUGUCAGCUGGUAUUGUCAACGUGUUUGCCAUGAGAUCUCAAGAGAUCAAGAAGGGUAUCUCUGUCUUUGAUAAGGAUGGAAAUGAGGUUGGCAAGUCCAAAACUGCUGCUGUCUACGCUGUGGGUGAAACUGCUGCUUCAAGAGUCAUAAACGCAACACCAAUCAUGGUGAUUCCUCCAUUGAUCCUUGUUAGAUUGCAAAGAGGGUUCCUCAAAGGUAAAGGUCUUGGAAUUCAAACGCUUGUUAACCUUGGGUUGAUUGCUGCAACAUCCUUUAUCGCGUUACCGUUUGCUUUGGCAAUAUUCCCACAGUACCAAGGCAUAGACAUUCAUAGACUCGAAUCUGACCUUGCUGGUAAGAAGGAUAAGAAUGGUGACAUUAUUGAUAAAGUCUACUUCAACAGAGGUAUCUAGACAAUGUAUUCUAGUCGUUAAUAUUUAAUAGCACAAGUGGUAUAUGAGCACAAUUAAAAACUAAAUCACCAAAAUCUCCACUCAAGGGAUCCGGCAUUCAUGGCCUUGUCAAUAGCGUUGCGGUCUUCAAAUUCGACAAAAUCUUGGGCAGUGUAUGGGAAUGAAUCAGAAACCUCUAUAUAACCAACACCUUUACCUCCCAAUGUAGUUUCAUAUGUUUCAAACCCAAGUGAUUGGUACUUUUUGAUGAGCUCUUGGAUAACGCUCUCCUCUGCGUCAUCGUUGAGCAAAGUGAUAGCACAACCACCACCACCGGCACC